AUGCCAAGCGCUUCUCUCCUGUCUUCAUUUCCCUCUUCUGCCGGCGCCGUUCGCUGCCUACUCUUCGCAUUCGCGGCUUCACCCGUACCUUUAUUUGUUUAUCCCCGUUUCUUUUUCUGGCUCGCUCUCUUCGCUCGCUUUUGUGGACAAAAGGCGGGCCCCGCGGGGAUAGAGCGCGCGCGGUAUGGCGUGGGAGGGGAGCGGGAGGCGGAGCUGGCGCAGCGCGUGGAGGAGCUCACGCGGGAGUUGGAGGCGGAGCGACAAGAGGCGGAGCGCGCGAGGCGGUUCCACGAAGAUGAGCUGACGAUGCUGUUGGCGUCGAAUAAAGACAAAGAAGCCGUCUGGACGAGAAAAGUACAGCCUCCUUCCUGCCCCAACCCCCCGCCUUCCUCCACGCCCGCACCGCUCCCGCUCUCCCUGGCGGAAGCCUUCGCGGAGGAGCAGCGCGUGGUGCGGGAGGAGGCGGACGCGCGCGUGCGCGCGCAGGAGGCGGAGGUGGAGAUGCUACAGGCGCGCAUAGAGGACAUGGCGGAGCAGGCGGAGGAGGACGAGGAGGAAAUGGCGGCGCUCGAAGAGGACCUUGCGCGCGCCAUCAAGCGCGUCGAGGAGCUGGGGCUGCGCUCCGCCGCCAUGACAAUAGAGAUGGAGCAGGUGCAGGAGGAGUUGCGGCGGGAGCGCGAGCUAUUGCGCAGCACGGAGACGGUGGCGGAGGCGGAGUGGCUGAGGCGCGUGGCGGCGGAGCGCGCGAACGCCGCCCUGCAGCGCGACGUGGAGCGCGCGCAGCUCGACGCGGACGAGCUCUGGAGCGCGCUCGAGGCGUUCCGCGCGGAGGGCGCGGGCGUGGCGGAGCAGCUGCGUGAACAGAUGGAGGCUGCGGUGCGCGAGGCGGCGGAGCGCGAGCGCGCGCACCACGCGGCCAUGGCGCGGGUGGACGAGGAGGUGGAGCGGCUGGCGGAAGAGGCGGAGGCGGCGGCGGAACGCGAGGAGCUGGCGGCGCAGCUGAUCGACCGCCUGAAGGACCACAACGCGCUGCUUGCGCGCCAGCUCGCCGCCAUGGCCAAGCGCGCGGGCGCGGGCGCGGGGGGAGCCGCGCACGCAGUGGGGGAGAGCGGGACGGAGGCGGAGGAGGAUAACUUCGCGUUUGAGGCGAGCGGGAAGGCAGCGCGGGGGGGGCAAGGGGUGGAAGGGAGCGGGGAGGGGGAGAGCGAGGGGGAGAGUGUGGGGGAGAGUGGGGACGCGGAAAGUGUCAGCCAGUCAUAUGAGGAGGGGGAGGCGUCUCCCCUUCUCCAGGCGCAGACGCGCAGGCAGGGCGGGGGACUGAAUAAUUUUGAAACGGGCAGCAUGGCGGGCAGCAGUGUAACGGGUAGUAGCGUCCUGGGCAGCACUAUAGGCGGGCAGCGGACAGGUUGGCAGGGCCCUGGGGAAGGCGCGGGGAAAAUGGGCGCAGAUUACCGGGUAGCAGGGGGGAACGAGCGCAUGGGUGGCGCGUAUGGGCUUGCAGGGGGGGGGAUUGAGGGGGAGAGCCCUAGCGGGUUAGCAGGCACGUCCCCCACACUCACGUUCACUCCCCCCCCGCAGCACUCCCCCCUGCACCACCAGUACCCAUACCAGCAACAACCGUCGUGCAUGGCAGGGGGAAACGAGGAAGACGAGGAGGAUGAGGAGGACGAGCUGGGGGAGGAGGGCGCGGAGGAAGAGGAAGAGGAGGGGUUGGCGACCGACUCGGAGUUUUCCUUCUCAGUGCCCGUCCCUCGCAGCGGCGCGUGGCGGGCGGCUAAGGAAAUCGCUUCCCUCUACUACACAGCGGGAGGUGCAGGAGACGAGGAUUUGGAGAGAGAAGAGGAGGAGGCGGAGUUCGCUUUGUUGCAGGAGGAGAAUGAGCGGCUGGCAGAGGAGGUAGCGCGGCUGCAGGAGCAGGUGGGGAAGUCGCGGAAGCUCGUGGGGAAUUAUGAGAAGAUGCGGAGACGAAUCAUGCAGCUGAGAGUAUGCCUGGAGCUGACUAGAAAGGUGGUGGAGGUGAAGGAUAGGGCGAUGGAGAUGGCCAUGGACAGGGCUAGGCGGGCUGAGACGAGGCUGCGAGAGAUGGAGGCUCAGCUGAUGGAGCAACGGCAAGCUGCUGCUGCCUCUGCUGCUGCCGCUGCCGCCGCUGCUGCGACUGCCACUGUUGCUGGUGGUGGUGCUGCUGGUGCUGCUGAAACCCAUCUGCUUCUCUCCGGCGCCACCCCUAUUGCUAGCAGCGGAGCCCUGCAGGCACGGGCAGCAGUUGGACUCAAAGAACUCCAGGCGAACCGGGACGCGCUGCGAAUCGCCAUGCGGGGAGUGAGAGAGCGAGCAGCUCUGGCUGCAGAGGCGCAGCAGAGGGCAGCGGGGGGUCAGGGGCGGAGAGGGAAGGCGGGGAGGAAGGCGGAAGCGGGAGCAGUGGGGGAGAUGCUUGCAGAGGUGGAGGAGGAGGUGGUGGAGGGGCAGAGUCUGGUGGAGCGGGCUGAGAGGAUUGUGGCACGAAUGGCUGCGUUGGAGAGUAAAGGGGCGGGUGUGGGGAAGAAGAUGGAGGGGAAGAGGAAGAGACUGGCUGAGCUGGAGGCGAGGCUGGGUCAGCGCAUCGACUCCGCUCCGCCGCAGCAUCUUUCCGCCGACGCCUCUAGCGCCACCCCGGCGGAAGGAUCGGACGGCGCGCGCAGCGCUCCGCUGGCGGCUUGCGAAAGCGGCGAUGAGGAGGACGACCCGAUUUUAGCGCGGCGCGAAACGGAUCGCGCGCCGAACAGGGCGCGGAGUGCACCCGACGGGGAGCCGAUACGAUCAGACGCAGAUGGCGGCGGGGAAGCGGCGAACGCUGUGGAUGGCGGGUGUAAGCAGCGUCCCCCGCCCGAGUCUGUGGGGGAAUAUGGAGGGCCAAGCGGUCCCGAGCCGACGAGAUACGGGGACUGGGAGAAGGGUGGCAGAUGCAUCGACUUCUAG